ACACGGAGCGCCGUCAGUCGCAGUUGUCUUCUCGGCUCAUGACCAGGCGCAUCAAAUCUAUCGCUCUGCUAGAAAGCAACAGCUGUAUGACACUAGCUUGAAUCCUCAUUUACGAUAGUGAGGUCGCUGUGGCCGUAUCUUUCGUCAUGUCGUCCAACGUUCCCAAGUUUGCGAGCUUCCGGCCAAAGCCCAAGGUAGAGCCAGAGCCGCCCAAGGAACCUCAACAACAUGAGAAAGUCGGAAAGUCAUCUAAAGAGAAAGCUCCGGGCAGGAGAAGAUCUCCUUCGCCAGACAGAAGUACUCGUGAGCAAAAGUCAAACAAAGACAGGCCCUACUUCAGCGACCGACGAGGUGACCCCGACGUUUUUCGUUAUGGGACAAUGAAUCGUUAUGAUAUCCCGCCUUACCGUCGAUUUGGUCAUGGCUUCAUACUAGGGCUUUCCGCAAAUCAGAAGAUCGACAGAGCCGAGUCUACAGACAAGAAGAUCGUUGUAACACCAGCAACACGCAGACGGCAAGAGCGACUGCUGACAGACAAGCGUGCGAAUAAGUCGCGUGGGCGCGCUCUACGACUGGUCAAGACGGGAGAAGGCGAUACAAGUCUCGACCAGGACUUUGUCUUAUUGUCUUCACGCGCCAAAAGAAGACGCGAUGAAAGCGAAGAUGAGGACGACCAAGUGGAAAUGGAGGCAGACUACCGACGCAUCGAUGGGCCCAAAUCAAGCGAGCCUGUAGACCCAGACACGCAGUACGAGUCUGAUCCCGAGCUUGUGAUUGACACCGAGAUCACUCGCAAAAACUCCCAGCUUGCACGGCAGACGAAAGAACACCCCACAGACGUCCAGGGCUGGUUGGCACUGAUCAAACACCAGGAGGCCAUGCUCAAGCUUGAGCGGCCAUCUGCUGAAUUGACUGCAUCUGACAAAGCACACCUUGCAGACGUACGCAUCUCUACCUACGAGGAGGCUUUGAAGAAGAUUGGUCUAGAUAAGAAUAGCCAGCUGAGGUUAUACCAGGGCCUCUUGAAAGAGGCAGAAAGAGCUUGGGAUGGCGCGAAACUGGCCGGCAAAUGGAAGGACGUACUUGCGAAACAUCCGCAAAGUGUGGAUUUGUGGAUGAUGUACCUCGACUUUGUGCAGUCACGAUUCACAAGCUUCAAAUAUGAAGAGUGUCGCGCUAUCUUCUUCAAAUGUGUAGAGUCUCUUCGUGCAAACAAGGCCGACAUUUCGUCAGAACAGAGCCUGCAUCUAUUACUGCGUCUGACGGCCAUGGCUCAUGAUGCAGGAUACCAGGAGCUUGGUCUUGCAGUCUGGCAGGCCUUAUUUGAGCAUCACCUGAUGCGUCCAGAAUCAGGCGCCGACAUCCAAGCUUUUGAAGAGUUCUGGGAAAGCGAAGUGCCUCGUAUUGGCGAGACGGGAGCAAAGGGUUGGAGGCAUGGCAGUACAGACGACCCGCCACCUCCAGGGCCUUCGUCUUUGCAGGAAAGAGAAGCGUCAGAUGCUAACUUUGAGAGCUUCCGAGAGCGCGAAUGCGAGGCUACGUCGGUGUUACGACACCCUGGUCGGGCAUCAGAUGAUGUAGCAGAAGAUGACGCCUUUCAUACAAUCUUCUUCUCGGAUAUCGAACCCUACUUAGCCAUUGUUACGCCUGAGACACCAGCGACGCUGAUGAUCGAGGCUUUCUUGUGCUUCUGCAUGCUACCACCGCUAGCACAUCGUAUCCCACAACAACGAGCCUGGUGGACUGAUCCAUUCUUACAGCGCCAUUGGCACUCUGCUACUCCAGACACUGAUGAAUCUCAUGAUUUCACUAAGGCCGUCAAACGAUACUCUAAUUAUUCAGCAAAGAGCUUCCAGAUGACCACUGAGCUCUUAUUCGAGCAGCACUUCUCGCUUGACGGAAUCAAACUUGAUGCAGACUUUAUCAGAUGUCUGCUUAAGAUCCUCUCCUCGGAUCCUUCAAGCGAAGAAAUUGUAGGAGAAUAUCUCCUUGCUUUCGAAUCUAAACACUUUCCAUCGGAAGCAUUCAAGACAGCAAAGCGAUUACUCAAAGCGCGGCCGUCAAGUUUGCGUUUGUACAACGCUUAUGGGUUAGUUGAAUCGCGCCUGGGCAAUUCCUCCAAGGCAGAUCAAGUGUUCAGCAUGGCGCUGUCCAUGCAAAAGGGAGACGAUCUGCUUUCAGCCCCAUGGAGUCUAGAGCUCUUCAGCAACUGGGUAUGGGAAGCGCUCCGAAGAGGAGACCACGAAGAAGCUUCUUGGCGGCUCAAAAUCAGUCAAAUCGAAGAACAUGCACUACUGAACCACGACUACCCAACAGCAGUAAUAUGUACCUGCCUUCACGUUCUCCUUAGCGACACCGUCCGCGACGUUAACCCCCAACUCUACCCUUACUCCCGCCUAAGACAAUGGUUCUCAUCCCAUCGCCUCGACAAGUCUCCCUUCGAAGAACUGCGCGCUCAAUCUCUCGCACAAUUCCUCGCAUACCACGCCACCCGAGCCCCAAUUGUCAAACCUUCUUUGAUCCGUGGCAACCUCGACUGGGUUCUCGACGACUUCCCAGCAAACACAAUCUUGCUCUCCGUGUACGCUGCAAACGAGACGCGUUUUGCAAUCGACGAUCGCGUUAGAAGAUUCUGGGAAGGAUUCUAUUCUCAACCGGACGAACAGAGUUUAGCGAGCUGGGCAUUCGCGAUACACUACGAGGCGUUGAGGGACGAGAGGGCGGGCUCAACUAGCCAUUCUAUACGUGCGUUGUAUAGACGCGCUACAGACUCGGUGACAGGGUCUCGCUGUCCCGCACUCUGGAAAGCUUAUGUCAACUUUGAAUUACAGUGUUUGCAUAGCGAGCAGACACGACAGCAGCAGUGGCAUGCGAACAAGAAACCACGCCGAGAUGGUAAGAAGAGUAAAUGGGAGAUGAGGGUCGAGGAAGCGGAACAACGGGUCAAGGACACGUUUUACGCUGGGUUGAGGAACCUGCCAUGGUGUAAAGAGUACAUCAUGUUUGCCUUUACGGAUGCGAGGGAUGUUUUUAGGAACGAGGAGAAGGCGAAGCUGUAUAGGGUCAUGCAAGAGAAGGAACUCAGGCUUUAUGUUGAGUUGGAUGUAUGA